UUCCAUAACCUCAACGACAAUAAUGUGGAAAAAUAAACCACAUUCUUCUUCUUUUUUUCACACCACACUUCCCACUUUGAGAGGCACACUUUUCUGGAGAAGAGCCGUGAUGAGUGAUUCUGGGAAACCGUCAGACUGAAGGAAAACGGAAGGAACCGAGAAAACAAAAGUGAGACUGCAGAGUGUAAGUGAGGCACAGCGACUGUGGUCUGUGUAUAAAAGAGGCCGGAGUCAGAGUGAAGAGAGACACAGAGCCUGUCUUACUGCUUCAAACAUGAACUCAACUUCAUCCAUCUUCCUCCUCCUCAGCUGCUGCCUGCUUGUCCUCUGUGUUCAAGGGGAGCCAGGCACUGGAUCCAGAAAAUGCAAGUGUUUAAACGGUUACAUCGGCCGAGUCAGACCAGAGCUCAUCAAGUCAGAGCCGCUCGUUUAUCAGCCGAGCAGCUUCUGCCCUAAUCUGGAGAUUAUAAUUGUUCUAGGAACCAAGGAGAAAUGUGUGAACCCAGAGUCAAGGUUCGGACAGCAUGUCCUGAGCAGGCAGGAGAGAAAAAGAGCAGCGCGCUCGACAACAGCCAGUCAAAGCAACACUGAGAGCUCAACGAGCCUCUAACACCUCAGCAUCUGCACCAAAACACUGCUGAGUCAGCACAAGGAGUUCCUCACCAGCACUGUCACUGUCAUGUUUGCACAAUAAGUUCUCAGUUGUUUUUUGUUUUACUGUUUAAUGAGUUGUAUUUUAAUGUAUAUAUGAAUAUAAAUAAACUGAAAAAUAAAAAAAAACACCUAAUGCA